AUGGAUUUCCGGAGGAGGCGGGUUCAACUUCUUUCCUUCAUCGUUGGGGUCAUCAGUCUCAGUAUUGCUGCCGAAAAAUGCAGGCUACUCGUAGGAGAAGACUCAUCAUCUCAAAGCGGAAAGUUUACAAUCUUCGACUGCUUCGACAUGAGCACAGGGACCCUAGCAUGCAUGGUCAAGGAAGGUGUGAAGCUCUACGUCUACAACAUGAGAUCUUCACACGUAGAAAAGGCAAGGAAUUUGGCAAUCGAGCAGGCAAUACACGAUGCAAUGCAGCAAGGGAUAUCAGCGAAAGAUGUUGCUAAGCAAGCGCAAAAGGAAGGUGCAAAGGCAGCUAAGUUGGCUACUAGAAAAGCCAAAAGGAUCGUAGGGCCUAUCAUCUCUUCGGGUUGGGACUUCUUUGAGGCGGUCUACUAUGGCGGGACCAUAACUGAAGGGUUCCUGAGGGGUACUGGGACCUUGUUUGGAGCGUAUGCUGGCGGGUUUUAUGGGGAGCAAGGGAUUGGAAGAGUUGGGUAUCUGGUUGGGAGUGAGUUGGGCAGUUGGAUUGGAGGGAGAAUUGGGUUGAUGGUGUAUGAUGUGGUGAAUGGAUUGCAUUACUUGGUCACUGCUGUUGAACCAUAG